AUGGCGGUAAACCUUGCUACAAAGAUUAAACAUUGUCGGAAGGAGAUAUCAAGUUGGAAGAGGAAUAAUAGGACCAAUGCCAAGGAGCGCAUAAUGAUUCUCAGAUAUAGGUUGGAUAAGGCUAUGUCAUCACAAAGAUCAUCUAAUGGGGAAAGAACGAAGCUGCGGGAAGAGUUAAACCAAGCAUAUGCAGAGGAGGAGAUGUUCUGGAAACAAAAAAGCAGGAACCAGUGGCUCAACUCAGGUGAUAAAAAUACUAAAUUUUUUCACUUGGUUGCCAAAACAAGACGUAUCCGGAAUAAUUUGACAGCUAUCAUGGACGCGAAUGGGUCAAUUCAUAGAGGAGAUAACGCUAUUGGCUCUGUUGCUGAAGACUAUUUCCAACACUUAUUCUCGUUACAACCGGUAACAACAGAGAGUUAUGACCAAGUUUUUGAAGGUUUCGAAGAGAGGGUUUCGAGUGAAACAAACCAAGAGUUAACAAAGCCUGUGGCUGUAAAGGAGAUUGAAGAUGCAGUUUUUUUUAUUGGACCUCAUAGAGCACCAGGACCAGAUGGGUUCUCAGGAGCUUUCUAUCAUCAGUUUUGGGACGACAUCAAACAUGCGGUCAUCACAGAGGUACAUAAGUUUUUUAAAGAUGGUGUUCUUGACCCACUUCACAAUCAGACAAAUAUUUUUCUGAUCCCGAAGGUUAAUCCUCCAACAAGCAUGGUUGAUUUCCGACCAAUAUCACUCUGCAAUGUGAGCUAUAAGAUCAUCUCUAAGAUCUUGGUGAAUAGGCGGAAAAAUCAUCUAUCAGGUAUAAUUUCUGAGAAUCAAGCUGCCUUCAUCCCGAGACGCAUGAUUACGGAUAAUGUAAUCAUUGCACAUGAGAUGUAUUAUGCUUUAAAAUCAAGGAAGCGACAAGCAAAAUCAUAUAUGGCGCUGAAAACGGACAUGACGAAGGCAUAUGAUCGAUUAGAAUGGAGCUUUCUUGAAACAACAAUGAGGCGUAUGGGGUUUCCCAUUAGGGUUUGA